UUAUAGAUCAUAUCCUGCCUAGACGCUAGCUAUGGGCAACGAGUUGGUUCCUCCAUACUGUCAUCCACCGCCUGGCUCGAAAUGAAGCAAAUGAUAAGCCCGCAGAGAAAGAAAGGACAAUUGGACGACAGGGAAAUUUCAGGCUUUGACCCAACAGGAACCAAGAAAGCCUCGUUUCAACUGAAAAUUAUGGUUCUACCAAGUCCAAUUUAGGAUAUUGCGACUGCUUCGUUUAUACAAACAAAAUUGAUCUUCUUAGACGACCGACUUUCAGCUCCAUUUUCAAACAAGGUGAACGCAGCAACAUAAAAUGAUACAAAUUCAAUGUUAACCACAUCAUCAGGAUGUCUUACAAGCAUAAGUUUAAAAGAAACAUUUAUUUUAAUCGAUAGAGUUUGUCUUGUACUACUAUUUGCCACAUGAAUAUCCAUCGGAGCCUCACGUCUGCCUUUGAAAAUAUGGUAAUAUAUUAUAACUUCAAGCUCCAUAUUGGUGUGCAAGAGAGUCACCCCCAACUGUAUAGCAUCGUUGUUUUUGGUACCCAUUCAGGUUCAGCAUCACAGCUUUGUGUUUGUCCCAUGUUCACUUCGGCUUUUGACACCACCAUGCUUAAAGUUAUUUCGAGGAUUUUCUAUUGCUAUCUCCUGCCUUCUGCACAUGAACGAACAAAAGUCUCCUUAAUACUUAAAAAUCACCGUUUCAUAUUUCUAUAAAUAUACAUUGCAACUGUACAAGGAAACUUAAUGAGAUAGACAUGAUCUUUAGGAAAACUUACCUUAGAUCCAGCAUAUAAACAGGCACUGUCUGAUCAUUCACCAUAUAGUAAUAGCAAAAGAACCUAAGUAUGGAAGGAGAGGGAGACUGCUUGUUUACUAGUGCAAUGACACUUACCAAGAUGAGGGUACCUCAUGUGCCUCAACGCUAUCCAUCACAACGACCAAACCCUACUCUCGACCUCACUACCACCCUUCCCAUUGUAGACCUUUCCUCCUUACACCAUGCUUCUCAAAGGUCUCUCACACUUGAUAAGAUACAAAGUGCAUGUAAGGAACUUGGGUUUUUUCAGGUAAUAAACCACGGCAUCCCUCUUUCCGUCAUGAAUGAUGCCCUAGAUGCUGCAACAGAGUUUUUCAACUUGUCUCUUGAGGAGAAAAUGCCGCUGUUGUCAGAUAAUGUGCAUGAACCUGUAAGGUAUGGCACCGGUUUGAAUCAUGCAAGCGAUAAAGUUCACUUUUGGAGAGACUUAAUCAAGCAUUACUCCCAUCCUAUUUCGGACUGGAUCCAUCUAUGGCCUUCAAAUCCUCCAAGUUACAAGGAUAAAAUGGGAAACUAUGCAAAGGCAGUACAAGUGCUACAAAAGCAACUAAUGGAAGCCAUCUUAAAAACUUUAGGGUUAAACUUUGGCAACUUACAAAAGGAAAUUGAAGAAGGAAAUCAACUCAUGGCCAUUAAUUGCUAUCCAGCAUGUCCUGAACCAGACAUUACAUUAGGUAUGCCACCACAUUCGGAUUAUGACACUAUCCUGCUCCAGUGUAGCCCAGGGCUACAGCUACGGGACAACAAGAAGAAUUGGCUCUCAGUUCCACUUGUUGAAGGUGCCUUAAUGGUCCAAUUGGGAGAUGAAAUAGAAGUGAUGAGCAAUGGACAUUAUAAGAGUGUUGUUCAUCAAGUGACUCUUAGCGCAGAGAAUAAGCGGCUUUCCAUAGCGAGUCUUCACAGUCUACCUUUAAACAAGAAAAUAGGACCAGCACCAGAGCUUGUGGAUGAGCAACACCCUGUCUCCUACAAAGAGUUCAGUUUCAGAGACUUUCUUGAUUUUAUCUCAUGCAACAACAUUGCAGACAGAAGAUUCAUCGAUUCAAUCAAGAAGACUGCAUGAAAGGAAAUGCA